CUCUCGUAUGCUUUAUUUUGGCCAUGAAUUUUCCGGUUAUUUACGCAUUGUGUCUCUUCUGAUUUGUACUUUUUCGGCUGUGAGUUUAGUCGAUGAUCGAGGGAAGUCCUAAUUGCCUUUCACUUGCUUGGCAGAAUACAUCAGCUAUGUCGGGGUUUUCUAGCUUGGCACCAAAAAUGAAAAACCUUAUUGUUGCUGGAGGCUUGACUGGAUUUGUCACGGGAGUAUAUUUUUACACCAUGAGAGCUGUAGGUGGCACAGAUGAGUUGCAGAUGGCAAUCGACAAAUUUGAGGAGCAGAAGAAUAAAGUUGAAGUUGAUGCUCAAAAGUCAUGAAUCUUUCUUUGGCAAUAAGAUGGGACAUAUUUGAUGCCUCUUGUAAUGCUUUACUGUACUGUAUAGUUGGCAAGGUCAGCUGAGUUCACAAAUAAAACUGAAAACUGGUUUUGGUCAUAUGAGCCAGUUGGCAAAUGCACAGCUGAGGCUUUAGAAUCCCCCUGGAUAUUUGCUCUGACUUGAGCAGCUGCUGAAUUAAUCAGAGGCUUCUUUUUGUGGCCUCAUACUGCAGUGUUCCUGAUCCUUGGGCAAAUGUUCUGUCACAGGAUGAUAUCGUACAUGAACAAUUUCAGACUUCCUCAUUGGCCGGUGCCUUGACAACUGACCUGAUCUUUUUAAUUUGGAUGUACUCCCACCAAAUAUACGUGGACCUCUGAUGGGAAGUGGGGGAACCCAUGCUUGUUGAGAUAUCUGUAUUCCGUAAGCCUACUUGGUUACUAUGGAUCCUGCACUGCAUUUUAGCUUGGUUGGAUUUCUCAAUGUUUUAGUUCCAGUUUUCUCGAUGCAUGCUUAA